ACCGACCGAGAGUGACUAAAAUAUGCUUUCCACUGUUGGCAUAUUCAGCUUCACGAAAUGCUCUUCCUCUCCUUCGUUUCUUACCUUUAAAAACAAAAUCAAGAUGGAUAGCAAAUUAGGGUUUGCUCGUGGAUUGGAAGUCGUAAGUGAAACAUUAUCAUCUUCUUCGCCUUCAAAAGAAGAUUAUAGAGUAGAUAACAAUGGUGAUAUUAUCAGUUUAGAGGAAUGGCAAGGUUGGGGCACUUGCUCUCCAAGACCAGCCAUGGUUAUGGAGAUUUUUGAGGAGAUGAAGAAAUUAGAGAAAGAUUUGGAUACUCAGAUGAGUUUUGGUGGUAUGGGUGCAAAACUUCAGGGAAACUUCAAGGUUCAAGAAGACAAAAAACAUAGAGCAACAUACAAGGCUCUAGGUGAUUCUGAACAGAAGCAGCAAUUCUUUUCAUCCCGACAAGUAGCAUGUCGUGUGCUGGGAAGUAGGGGUUACCUUUGUCAGAAGUGCUGGUUAGCUCAGGAAGACUGCAUGUGCUCAAAACUUAAACCUAGUUCUCUAUGGCCUGGGAUGCGAUUCUGGUUGUACAUGCAUCCAAAGGAUUUUCUUAGGCAGAAUAAUACUGGGAAAGUGUUGUGGCAAAUAUUUGGAGUUGAAGCUGCAACUUUAUGCAUCUUUGGCAUUCCCGAACAAGAAGAAAUGAUGUGGGAUGCUUUCAAACUUGCAGGAAAGAGCAGGGUUUGGUGCCUUUAUCCUGAUAAAAAUGCAUCUACGAAGUCGGUUCAAGAUGCCUUGUUCAGCAAUGCUUCAAAAAGUUUAGAAGAGCAAAAGAUCGAUGUGGAUACUCCUUUGCACUUCGUUUUGCUUGAUGGUACUUGGAGUAAUUCAGCUGCAAUGUUCAGUCGUUUGAAGGAACAUGCUAAAGUAGCUUGGGGAGAAGAAGAAUUUCCAUGUAUUUCUCUGUCAGAAUUAGGUGAAUCCCCAAUGCAUAAACUACGACCCCAACCAUCAUGGGACCGUACUUGUACAGCAGCGGCAGCGCUAGGCCUUCUGUCAGAACUGCAUCUUCUUCCGGAAUUUAGUUCAAUCGGAUUGGAUAAACAUGCUGAAGCUAUUGAGGAUGGUUUGGAGAUUCUAUUAAAAGCGCUUACUGGUCGGCGACUUCGAAUGAGAAGGUCCAUUACACGCACAGAAAAAUACAAAUUAUAGAUGACAGGUCUUAAGAGAAUUUGGUGCAAAGUGUUGUGGAAGCAAUUUUUUUGAUGUGAUUUCAUUCACUUCCGCGGCCCUGGUAGUUGUAGAAUCUUUUUUGGCCAAUCUAGUAAGUAAAAUCGACUUUCUUGGCUUGAAUUUUUUCUCUUGAUUUGACAGUUGUAUACUAACAGAACCUUGAAUUUUACAUGGUCCACAAAAGUUGGCAAUAGAUUUAAUUGUGCCCAUAACAAUCUCUAUCAAUAUUUCUUGGCCUUUGCAAGUGGAUGGUAGACCCCAUUUGCAAGGGAGUACAUGAACCCUUUGAAUACUUGAUAGAGCAAGUUUUGUGCAAUAAUUUUUCUGUUGGUGGUGGUGGGUUUAGAUAUUUUUAUUUUACGCCGACUUUUAAGAUGUGGCUGAUAGACUUUAACUGGUCUUAAAAGGGAUAGGAUCGUUUUUGUGUUAUUGUUUAUCUUUUGUGGUUCUGCUUUCCAAAUUGGAUUAUUCUGGGAAUCAAACUGAUUCAAUGUAAUUGUAGCAAAACGAAAACUGAUUCAGUGUGUAAACUCACUAGAAGCAUUUCCUAUGGAGGGACCCUUAUUUUGUCUUUCACA